AUGCAGCUCCUGUAUUCGCUGUGCGCGCUGCUGUCUAUCGUUGCCGCCGACAUCCUCGACGACCUCUACCGCGAGCACAACGCCCAGCGCAUCCAUCACAACGUCGCCCCGUUCGCGUGUCUCGAUACGCAGCUCAACGCGCUCACAGCCACCCAUGUCGCCGGCCAAAUCGUCGCCCACUCGCUCGACCACACCAAGCUCGCCGCGCGUUGUCACGCCAUCGGUCCCGACGUCGUCUGCGGCGAAAACUCGGUGCGUGGCAAAGUCGCCAGCGCCAACGGCAUGGUCAUGCACUGGAUGAACUCGACCAAGCACCGCGCCAACAUUUUGAACCCCGAUUUCACUCGGGUGGGGUUCAGCGUCCAGAAAGCCAAUGCGUCCGACGAGUGGGUCGCCACUGCUCUCUUUGCCACCGGCCCGGCCAACUGCAGCACACGUAUAAAGGAUGACGGGACCAGCAUCGGUCGCGCGACGACGUACGGCGGCGUCGAUGGCGUCGAUGUCAACAGCGGCAACUGCGGCCUCAUGGACUGGAUCGAGAACGCCAAGACGUUCCAUGCGGCCAUCAACCAGGCGCAGUGGGCGUCCGGAACCAACUGCGGCCGGUGCGUGCAAGUGACGUGUGUCGACGACCGGUGUCCGACCAAGACGCCGGUGCUCGGUCAGGUCUCGGACCAGUGCCACGGCUGCGCGGAUGGUAGCUUGGAUCUGACAUUGCCGUUUUUUCAGAAAGUGACGGGCGCGACCACCGACUCGUUUGCAAUCUCGUGGCGAUUUGUCGACUGCCCAGUCUCUGGCGGCGUCAAGGUCUGUGCGAAAGCGGGCAGCAACCCGCACUGGCUCGCGCUUCAGCCCGCCAAUGCGCGCCAUGGCGUGGCGAAAAUGAGCAUCAACGGUGCCGCGAGCAACCUCUUCUCGACCAGCUCCAACUUUUUCUUUAUGGCCAAAGGCCACAUUGACUUUGGUGCGGCCAAGGUCGAAAUGACGUCGAUCGCUGGGGAAACGAUCUCGGCGACGGUCUCGCUCACCGCCGGUCAGUGCACCGAGCUGCCGCACCAGUUUCAAGCAGCACCCGACAACCGCGCCUAA